UUCAGAUGUCCCUUUCUCCUUGCUGUGAUCGUUUCUCUCCCUUCAUUACCACCACUAUGGAUCUGUUGUCAUUCACAAGUGGAUUCAUGAUAUUGAACAGAGCAGCUGCUCUGACUGACACCAGCUACCCCCUCCAAGUGGAUUUCUGAAGCAAGGUGAACUCCCUCAGUAUGCUGAACCAUCCCUCUCUUUCCACAUGUCAGUGCCUGUUACUCUGCGUCCUGUUGUCGGCGUGUGGUUGGAACAAGGCAGCCUGUUCUCUUGGGGAGGGCAGGAAGAUUUGGCAGCAGCCCAAGCCAGACCCCAUCAUCAAAGCCCAGUCUUUCCUCCAUGACACCUUCCCUUCAGGAUUCCUCUGGGGUUCGGGGACGUCUGCCUUCCAGACAGAAGGAGCCUGGGACCAGGAGGGGAAGGGAACCUCUGUCUGGGACCAUUACACCCACUCCGCUGUCAGUGGUAAUUCGGCAACCGAGACUGCCAAUGUGGCAAGUGACAGCUACACUCACUGGGAAGAAGAUGUGAAGGCACUGGAGUUGCUAGGUGUAAGAUCAUACUCCUUCUCUCUCUCCUGGCCCAGGCUGUUUCCUGAUGGGAACGCCAGGAGUGAGCCCAAUACAGCUGCUGUGGAGCAUUACAGCCGCCUCAUAGAGAGGCUUCUGCAAAAGAAAAUCGAGCCCAUCGUCACUCUCCAUCACUGGGACCUGCCACAGGUCCUGCAGGAGCGAUAUGGAGGCUGGAAAAACAACACUCUGGUGGGACUGUUUGAGGAGUAUGCUGCCUUUUGUUUCCACACGUUUGGGAGUCGUGUUAGGUACUGGCUCACAAUGCAUAACCCAUACCUGGUGGCUGUACAUGGGUAUGGGACAGGUGUACACGCUCCUGGAGAGGCAGGGGGUCCCUCUGGCUCUCUCAUUGUGGCCCACAACCUGAUCAGAGCACAUGCUAAAGCAUGGCACACCUACAAUGCCCACUACAGACCAACUCAGAAGGGUAAAGUAUCCAUUGUUCUGGGAUCCCACUGGGUUGAGCCUCAAAGAGGCCAAGCCACAGCUGCCAAUGUUGCGCUUUGCCAGCAAUCAAUAGAGGCUGUGCUUGGCUGGUUUGCCAACCCCAUCUUUGGAGAUGGGGACUAUCCAGUCUCUUUAAAAAUCAAGCAUGGGGCCCUACUGCCCACAUUCAGCGCUGAGGAGAAGCUCUGGGUGCGGAAAACAGCUGACUUUUUUGCUCUGUCCUUUGGUCCCAACAACCUCCGUCUGGGCCGGAACCUGGUCCAGUAUGGGCAGACUGUGACCCCAGACCUGAGGCGCAUACUGAGCUGGAUAAAGCUGGAGUAUGGGGACCCGAGGGUGCUGGUUGCUGAAGGAGGCUGGUUCUCUGAAGCGAGUGUGGGAAUAGAGGACACAGUGGCCAUCUAUCUGAUGAAGAGUUUUAUCAACCAGGUCCUGCAAGCUAUUAAGUUCGAUGGUGUGCAGGUGUUUGGCUACUCUGCCUGGUCAUUGGUGGAUGGAUUUGAGUGGAAUUAUGGCUACACUGUUAGGCGAGGCCUUUUCUACAUCGACUUCAGCCAACCAAACCGAACCAGGACCCCCAAGACCUCUGCUCAGUACUACCAGCGUGUUGUUGCUGACAACGGUUUCCUCAGUGAUGAAACCUUCAGAGAGGUCAAAGGCCGUUUCCCUUGUGACUUUCACUGGGGUAUUGCUGAUUCUACCUUACAGGUCCAUUUCUACCCUUUCUCACCACAGUUUACUGACCCCCAUUUGUACAGCUGGAACCUGACAGGAGACGGAUCAUUGCGUCCAGUUCCGGGGGUGAAGCUCCACACGAGACCAGCCCAGUGCACCGAUUAUUUAGCCAUCCAUGGUCAUCUUCGCCUGUUUGCGUCCACUGGGGCAUCUCACUACCGCUUUGCCCUAAACUGGUCUUUGAUUUUACCCCAGGGAGACCUCGCUAAUGUGAACACUGAGGCUCUGAGGUACUACCGCUGUGUCCUGACUGAGCUCAAGAAGCUGAACCUGGAGGCUGUUGUAAUUCUCUACUACCCGACACACAGAGCUCCAAAUCUGGGCCUGCCUGGGCCAUUGCAUGCCUCUGGGGGUUGGCUUAACAACAGCACAGUUGAAGCUUUUCAGGAGUAUGCAGCACUCUGCUAUGAGCAGCUGGGGUACUGGGUUCGAUACUGGAUCACCAUCAAUGAGCCGAACAGACUCGUAGAUGUUUAUUCCAAUGGGAAAGAGAAGCAUCAAGCAGCUCAUAAUCUUCUCCUGGCUCAUGUAAAAGCCUGGAGGUUAUAUGAGAGGGAACAUUAUAGUCAGCAUGGAGCGCUGGUAUCACUUGCACUACAUGCUGACUGGGCCGAACCUGCCAACCCCUUCCUGGACUCACACACGGCAGCAGCACAGAGAUUCCUUUUGUUUGAACUCGGUCGCUUCUUAGACCCUUUGCUGGGAACUAGAUACGAGGAGAAGCAUAGCGAGGGGGGCUACCCACAGGAAAUGAAAGAAUACCUGGAGGAGAGAGCUCGUGAAGUGGGCUUCCCUGGAUCUCCUCUUCCUAGUUUUACUGAGACGGAGAAGGAGGAGCUGAGAGGGGCUUUGAGUUUUAUUUCACUGAACCAUUUCACCACCCGUUUGGUGGCUCCAUAUGUCCAUACACAGGCCAAUUUCCAGCAGAAACAACGCCCUGAUCAUGACUGUCGGAUCCUUUCUGAUCCCACCUGGCCCUCAUCCAGUCUGGGUCAGGCUCUUGUACCCUGGGGCCUGAGGAAGAUCCUAAACUGGGUGAGCCAGCGAUAUGGAAGUGCUCUACCUAUCAUUAUCACAGCCAGUGGUGUUGAUGACCAGGCUCCUGUUGAGGACAAACUCAGGCAACACUACCUCAGGAGUUACCUGCAAGAGGCUCUCAGAGCUCGCCAAUUAGAUGGGGUCAACCUGCAGGGCUUCUACAUGUGGAAACUGCAAGAUCGACAUGCCCCCCAGUUUGGGCUUUUCACUUCAACCCAACACCAAUCCAAAGCCAAGGCCUCUAUUGGCGUCUACAGAGAUAUUAUCACUCAGAGUGGUUUCCCAGAGGACGACACCAUGCAGACCUGCACUUUCAGUGAGCUGCGCGAACCUUGCUCUGUAUGUGCAUGGAUGCUCAAGAACAAAGCGAUGCUGGUUUUCGGAGGCUGCCUCAUGAUAACAGCUGUUAUGUUGGCAGCACUCGUCAUCUUUGUCAUUGUCACAAAGAGAAACCAAACAGAUAGAGGCAGAGGUAGGAGGACGAACAGGAUGAGCAGGAAGAGAAGAAGGGAAGGAGUGCCUAUAUGCUCAUGUCCACCUGUUGUUAAGUGCUGACUGUAAAAGAGGCUGACUCAGUACUGUGUAGCAGAAAAGCUGUGUGCUGCUCGUGGAUGGAGAAGAUCCAUGAUCUGUCAUUGUGUCUGGUCCAUUAAGUCUUGUUGUGUGAUCAGUUUACCCACAAUCACAAAAGAAAGUGUUGACAUCCAUUUUACUGUAAUAAUGGGUUAUUUAGAUGAAGGGUAAUCAGAUAGUUGCAUUGUGUAAGCUAUUUUAUUGGUGUAUUAAAUGACUAUUAGAUGGCAACAGAUUUACUGAAUUCUUUAUGUUGUACUUUUACUAAACUUGAUUACGUGAGCUUUGUGGUUUACAGUAAAAGAAGAAAUGCUUUACAUAAAUAUUGACCUUAUUUUUGAUCUUCACUGUGGAGAAAAUAUGUCAAUGUCAUGAUUCAAGUAUUGUAAUAAAGUCAGUCAGUGAUGAUUUGCAUUUUAUUGUAGAUCAGACUAAAAUGUGAUUUUAACAUAUUUUAAAUUAGAUAAAUUUAGCUCAGAUUAAAUUGUGGAUUGCAUCAAUUUUGUAAGAACGAGUUUUAAAAAUGUAUUUUCAAGUGGUAUCCACUUCAUUCUUAACGGGAUGUGAUACACUGUGUGCCACAGACUGUCAAUCUCCAUGGGACAACGAUGCCCCCUAGUGUCACUGUCUGCAGCCUUGAUGAAGCACACUGUAAAAUGCUGGGCUGUCAUUUGUUAAAAAAUGGGACGACUAUCAAAGGUACCUUAAAAUGCUCUUGUGUUUCCAGAGAUGAAGCAUCAUGGCUACAGAGAUUAAGACUCAUUUGCAUUUUAGAAGAUGCCAUGAUUGUUGCUCCAUCACUUUGAAUUGGUAGCUUGAAUAUUUUUAAUUGUUCCUCUAAAGUGUGAUAUGCUUCUCUGAGGAUUUUCUGGUCACUUAAAAGUAUUUUCUUUUUAACAAAUUUGUGUCCCCAUCUGUCUUCAAAGGCAUAUACUUUGUGACUUCCAUCUUUGAUUUGACAGACUGACUGAAUUAACUCCGAUCAUUAGAGAAGAGUAACUGCACACUCUUGUGAACUUAGUGCUGUAAAGAAAAGCAACUGAGUCUUGACUAGACUGCAGCUGAUACAUGCUUUAGACACGAAAGCUGCUCACCAUAAAAAUGUCGCUUAACUUCACUUUAGAGAGCAUUUUUGACCAAAACUAAGUGAUCACAUUGUAAUGAUUAAAUGUAACCUGCUAGUCACUGUGUGA